AGAAGCUGUUAAAGUCCAGUAGCACGUGACCUGUGUGUGCGCUGUGCUGUGCGUCGGGCUAUGUCCACAGGCAGUUAAAGGUACACCAUGGGCCGUCUGGAUGGGAAAGUGAUUGUGUUGUCAGCAGCCGCGCAGGGGAUUGGACGUGCAGCAGCAAUUGCACUUGCUAAAGAGGGAGCUCAAGUCACUGCAACAGACAUCAAUGGAAAGAAGCUGAAGGAGCUGGAUGACGUUCCUGGCAUUAAGACCAAGGUGGUGGACGUGACCAAGAAGGAACAAGUCGAAGCCCUGGCCAAGGAACAUGACUGUGUGGAUGUGCUGUUCAAUGUUGCUGGGUUUGUGCAUCAAGGUACAAUCUUGGACUGUGAAGAAGCUGACUGGGACUUCACUAUGGACCUAAAUGUGCGGAGCAUGUACCUUAUGUGCAAGGCGUUUCUGCCAAAGAUGUUGGCAAAGAAAUCAGGAAACAUUAUUAACAUGUCAUCUGUUGCAUCAAGUGUAAAAGGAGUGCCAAACCGUUGUGUUUACAGUACCUCCAAGGCUGCAGUGAUCGGUCUCACCAAAUCUAUAGCCAUUGACUUCAUUGAGCAAGGCAUUCGUUGUAAUUGUGUUUGCCCUGGGACCGUUGAUACCCCAUCACUGAGAGGCAGAAUCCAAGCACAGCCUGACCCAGAGAAGGCUUACAAGGAUUUCAUGGCAAGACAGAAGUGUGGUCGAAUGUGCACAGCAGAAGAAGUGGCUCACCUGUGUGUGUAUUUGGCCUCAGAUGAAUCAGCCUUUGUGACUGGGACGGAGCAGAUCAUUGAUGGUGGAUGGCAACUUUGAGCAACCUGUGGAAAGCGUCUUGUGCCAGGAGUGGAGGCAGUUUCUUCAUUCUCAGUUCUCCAAAUAAACAAUCAGCUGUUUUUAUCCCCAUGUUUGCAAAUUGUUAAAAUUUUGACUUUUCCCAAUUUUCCUUAAAUUGAUGUUACAAAUAUAUGGAGUCUCUGAGGUAAUGUGAUCAAAAAUACUAGGUUUUUAGGUUUCUCAGUUUUUUAAAUUCUUUUUUUUUUUUCUUCUUAAAAUGGCAUGUCAAAAUAAACAACAUAAAGUGUUUAUUUAGCCAUCAGUUUGAGUUCAGUCCACACUUUACAACUUAACUUGCCCAUUGGUUUGUGAUGGCUGCUUUAUGUGCACUUGGAAAAUGAUGGCUGUAUAAUAGAAUAAGAAGAAUAAGAACUCUUUGAUGGAUUUUACUUAAAAGCCAUUAAAAUGCAUGGCAAAUGGAACCAAUAAUCAAAGUUUCCUUGGUGACCUUAAA